AUGCUCUCCAUACAGGACGACAGCGUCAUCCCCAAGCCCGUGCUGCUCGCCCUGGAGAGGGUCAGGCAGGGCGCAGACGUCAUGCCGGAGAGGCAGCUCAAUGCCGUGCUGCAGAGGGAGCUCGGCGCGCAGUGGAGGGACUCGGUGGUUAGCUUUGAGAGUACGCCGAUUGCAGCCGCAAGUAUCGGACAGGUGCAUCGCGCGGUUAUCGAUGCGGGGGAGGAGGGGGAGGUCGACGUCGUGUUUAAGAUUCAGUAUCCCGGCGUGGCGAGGUCGAUCAAAUCGGACCUGAGCAACUUGAAGCGCCUGGUCACGGUUGGUAACUUUAUCCCGGACAACUUCUUCCUGGACGACGCGCUUGCUCAUGCGGAGGAGGAGCUGCAGCGGGAGUGCGACUACACGAUUGAGGCGGCCAACCAGCAGACGUAUCGCGACCUUGUGCUGGCCUCGCCGAUACUGCGAGAGCAAUUUUACGUGCCCAAGGUGUACCCGUCGCACUCCACGCAGCAUGUCCUCGUGUCCGAGUUUGUCAAGGGCAUCGCCAUCGACCGGAUCGCGGACCAGCCGCAGCACCUGCGGAACGAGGUCGCGUCCAGCCUGCUGCGCCUGACCAUGACGGAGCUGUUCGUGCUUGCGUUCCAGCAGAGCGACCCGAACUGGUCCAACUACCUGUACGACAUGGAGAGCGGCAAGCUCAACCUGAUCGACUUUGGCGCCGCGCGCCCGUACGAGGAGCCCUUCCUCAUGCGCUACCUCGCCCUCAUCCGCGCGUGCGCCGCGCGCGACCGCCAGGCAGUCAUCGACCACUCCGUCGCCCUCGGCUUCCUCACGGGCGAGGAGAGCAAGGAGAUGCUCCACGCGCACGUCCAGGCCUCCUUCGCCGUUGGAGAGCCCUUCCAGGAGCAGAACCGCGACAAGGGAUUCGACUUUACCCACAAUGAUAUCCCCGCACGCACCGCCAAGUUUGGAAAGGUCAUGCUGCAGUACCGCCUCACCCCGCCGCCGAAGGAGGCUUACUCGCUGCAUCGGAGGCUUUCUGGUGCGUUUUUGAUGAGCACAAGGCUCGGCGCGACGAUUAACGCCGCCGAAAUGCUGGAGGCGACAGUGGCUACGCUGGUGGCUGAAGGUCGCGUGAGCAGUUGAUAGUCAGUAGUGGUGGUAAGAGUCGGGCACAAUUUUGAAACAACUACGCGGUGGGGAGAGGCAAAACGGCUAGCUCUGGUUUUAAGACUAGAGUACUGUAUCCCCGUGCUACGGUAAGUACGCCAAGGCGACAUUCAUCUCCGGUUUUUUGUUCCUCGAUGAUUGCGUGCUGGUAUUGUAAACUUACUUUCUUAACUGAGUACA